GGUGAGCUCACAUCGCGUCGAGAGAAGGAGGCAAUUGGCAACAAACUAGAACUCGAAACUAUCCCCACGCACUUCCCAGGAAGCUGGCCUCUAGCCGAUCGAAGCGUCUCGUAGCUUCCAUCACGAGCUCCCGCGCAUGUGACGACAGCUGCAUCGACGAAUCGACCAGCCAUUGAUCUUGCUCUUGAACCAACAUCCAACCACUCUCGCUCUACCCAUCACCUUUGCCUAACUCCCUUCACCGUACACAUACGAACCAUUCACCACAUACUUUCACCUGACUGUCUAGGCGACUUGGCUUCGAUUACUUCCUCUCUGGGCCACAGCCUAGAAUCAAACACUUCGCUUUGCACUCUCCCUACCUUGCUGUAAUACUGUUCCGGUCAAGCCGCAACCAUGGUGUCUGACACCAAGCUAUACGACCGGUUGGGCGUGUCAGCGACAGCUUCGCAAGAAGAGAUCAAGAAAGCCUACCGAAAGCAGGCUCUCAAGAACCACCCCGACAAGAACCCCGCUGGCGCCGAGAAGUUCAAAGAGGCUUCCGAAGCAUACGAGAUCUUAUCUGAUCCUGAAAAGAGACGGAACUAUGACAACUAUGGCUACGACUUCAUAACAGGCAAUGGGCCGCCGCCUCCAGAACCAGGAGGGGAUAAUCCAUACGCAGGCGCUGGAGGCUUUGGUGCGGGAGGUAUGCCUGGUGGCUUUGGAGGUAUGGGUGGAGGACCAGGAAGGACUUUCCACUUCACCUCAUCAAAUGGCCGAGGCGGUGGAGGAGCCUUCGGCGGCUUCAGUGACCCCAAAGACAUCUUCGCAGAGUUCAUGCGUGGAAGUGGAGGGUCUAUGGGUGGGGGAGGCGGAGGCUUGGGCGGCGACGAUGACGACUUCUUCACGAGCUUCGGCGGCGGGAGCUUUGGUGGGAGACCUGCUGGCGGACGCUCUGCUGGCUCACAACAAUACCGCAGAAGAGAGCCUGAGCCAGAAACGACUGUCGUGGAGAAGAACCUGCCCGUCUCGCUGGAAGAGAUGUACAAUGGUGCACAGAAGAAACUCAAAGUACAACGCAAGACAUACGAUGCCCAGACUGGCAAGCAAAACACAGAAGACAAGAUUCUCAGUGUACCGAUCAAGCGAGGUCUGAAAGCCGGAAGCAAGAUCAAGUACCCCGACAUGGGCGAUCAAGUAGAAGGUGGUGUACAAGAUCUCCACUUCAUCAUCAAGGAGAAGCCGCACCCACUGUUCACGCGUGAUGGGGACGACAUUAAGCAUACGGUAGAAAUCAGCUUGAAAGAGGCUUUGACAGGUUGGAGUCGAACCGUACAAACGAUUGAUGGCAAGCAACUGUCCGUGUCGAGUGCUGGACCUACCAAUCCGGAUUGGGUAGAACGCUUCCCGAAUCAGGGCAUGCCUAAGAGUAAAACGCCCACCAGCAGAGGAGACUUUGUCGUUGGGGUGAAGAUCAAGUUCCCGACGAGUCUCACAGCACAGCAGAAACAGCAAUUGAAGGAGAUUCUGCCGUAGGGGGUGGUAGGCGUGAUGGGGUAGUGCAACUUAGCGAUGUGGUGUUUUUUCAAGAAGAUUUUUCAAAGCAUGGCGAGGCGCUCAAGGAGAAAAAGAGCUUUUCAAUUUUGGAUCGGAUCGGCUGGCGGACCCGAGAGUUAAAGGCGUUCGCAGCCCGCACGGAAAUAAGUGGUGCAAUGCAGUAGCUAUCAUAGACGACGUGAAAUGAAUGAGACGAUGAUUAUAGGUG